AUGGAGGCUUCGAAUGAUGAAGUUAACGGGAGGUCCUCUCCUCCGGCUAAUUCGGAGCCAUCGCAAGGGCAUGGCAGGGCGAGGGAUUCACUACCUGUGGAAGAAAAGUCAAUGCCUUCAACAAACCAACCUCCCGGGACUUCUGCAGACAGCGCUCGGGAUACCCAGGCCACAAAUGAGAAAAAGAGAAAGUCCCCUGAAAAUGACCAGCAACAGGAUAAACUGAAGCAGCAGGAACCUCAACCGCGUUCCAAACGACGAAGACAGGAGGAACGGUCACAAAAGAACAGGAAGCGCGGGAAGACGCCGCCAUCUGCUUACUCCCGUCGCGACGCUCCCGUGGUCGAAACGAGACGAUCCCCGUCGCCAAUUAGACGCACCCCUUCCCCAGACGCCCCGGUGCGACAGCGAAAAAGACCAGGCGGAGGAGCGAGGAUAAAUACUUCCAACAUCGAAGCUCUUAGGCGGAGGCAGGAGGAGCGAGACCGUCAACUGCAGGCGGACGCUCAGCAAGCAGGACAUGCCCGCGGAGUCCACGAUGUGGUCAGGCAGCAUUACAAUGCGGUACCUGAGCGUGGACGGGAAUGGCGCAAGACCGAAAGCAAGAUAAAAGGUCUCCGCAGCUUUAACAACUGGGUCAAAAGCACGCUUAUCCAGAAAUUCUCUCCGAGCGAAGACUUCUUGGCUAGACACAACGAUAGAGACCUUGCAGGUUCAGCCUCCGUGGCGCCAGAGGAAGAGAAACCACUUCUCAUCGUCGACCUUGGCUGCGGUAAGGGUGGUGAUCUGGGUAAAUGGCAACAAGCUCCCCAACCUGUUGAGCUAUACGUUGGUCUCGACCCGGCGGAAGUCUCCCUUGACCAGGCCCGUGAACGGUAUAUGCAGAUGAAAAACCAGCGAGGACGAGGACGUCGAGGAAACCCCAUUUUCCAUGCCCAGUUCACUCCAAAGGAUUGCUUUGGCGAAUCUCUUGCAGACGUCCCUAUAAUCCAGCGAGUGGGCAUCGAUGAGUCCGUUGGCCCUGGUGGCUCGAUGAUGAGUUCUCGUUGGGGCGGAGGAGGCUUUGACGUCGUGGUUUCAAUGUUCACUAUGCAUUACGCAUUUGAAAACGAGGCCAAAACCCGACAGAUGCUACAGAAUGUUGCCGGGCUACUUAAAAAGGGCGGUCGAUUCAUUGGCGUCGGUCCAAAUUCCGAUGUCAUCAGCGCAAAGGUUGCGGAGGCGCAUAAGCUACGGAAAGAGAAAGCGGAGGAGGCCGCUAAGAAGGCUACAACCGAGGAGCCGGAAGACGGAGAGGUAGAAGAUAGCACUGAAGCAACCGAAUGGGGAAAUAGCAUAUACCGCGUACGUUUUCCGGGCAAGACGCCAGAGGAUGGAAUAUUCCGUCCUGCAUUCGGGUGGAAGUAUUUCUACUUUAUGGAGGAGGCUGUUGAAGAGAUCCCCGAAUAUGUUGUUCCAUGGGAGGCAUUUCGAGCAUUGACCGAAGACUAUAACCUGGAGUUACAAUAUCGCAAACCCUUCCUAGACAUAUGGCGAGAAGAAAAAGACGACCCCGUUCUUGGGCCUCUUAGUGAACGCAUGGGCGUCCGGUCGAGGAAUGACGGCUCCAUGCUGGUGAAUGACGAUGAGCUUGAAGCAGCAGGGCUGUAUCAUGCUUUCUGCUUCUACAAGGUGUAA